AUCUACAUUGUGCUAAACAGCAAAUUUCAUUGUUGAUCCGUCUUUGUUUACACAAGGAUAGAAGGAUAUUUGACACGGAAAUUCCUAAGUAUAGAUUUAGUCAGUAUACUGUGGGCCAUCCAUUUGUCUUUCACCUGAGUAAUGUGAAAAUCAAUUUUGUUUGAAUUUGAGUUUCUGAAUCUCAAUUGUGAACAACAUUCUCUUAACUGUGUUUUAAAUGCUGUCUUUGAGGAUGGUUGAUCGUCUCUUCUGUUGUAGACCAUUCACUCCCAUACUUAUUGGAAUCUGUAUGGGUAUAACAAUUAGUUUGAUUGUAACUAAUGCCAGAAUUGAAAAUAAUUGUCUGGAAAAUAUCUCUGCUUUACGGGAUAGUUUUGAUAGGAGUCACAACAUUGAUUUCACAGAAGACAGUAAAAAUUUGCAAGAUGAAAAUACUGAAGACUUAAGUGAUUACGAUCCCAGAAUCAACUUGGCUGGAAAACCUCAUUCAGCUAAGAAAGAGCCUCAGACUUUAAUAAGACCAAGAUAUUUGUCAACAGAGUUGGGAAUCAAAGAGAAAAACUUUGUUGCUGUUCUGAGUUCAAUCAAACAAAUCCCUUCUUUAGGACUAGCAAUCAAUGAAACCCUGGCUCACCAUGUGAAUCGCUUAGCCUUUUUUGUUGAAGUUGCAGGAUCUGACAAAUUGGAUGUCAAAACUUUACCAAUUGUGGGAUUUAAAGAUAGCCAACAAGGCCUCCUCACUCUUCAUACAUUAAAAUAUCUGUCUGAUAAAUUGGCAGUGGGAUACAGCUAUUUUUUAAUAAUAAAAGACACUACUUAUGUUGAUGGAAGAAAGCUUGAAAACCUGACGAACCACAUUAGUAUUACCGAAAAUGUUUAUAUGGGCCUUCCUGGAACAAAUCCAACUUCAAAUCCGUCUGUUUGCUCCUUGGACAGUGGAAUACUGAUAAGUAGCUCAGUCCUUUUGGCAAUUUCUCCGUUGCUGGAAACUUGCACUGAAGAGUUUGCGUUCAACUCAGAUGAUGAAAAGAUUGGUUUUUGCAUUUUCAAAGCCUUGAAUCUUACCUGCCAGCCACAAGUGCAAGGACAAACUUUUCUUACAUUUAACCUUGAUGCCCAUAUUAGUGAUGUCCGGCAACUGGAAAAAGCGUGGGAAUCUCAACCGGAAUUAUCUAACGCGUUAACCUAUUUUCAUGCCAGAGAGACUGCUUACUUUUUCAUGCUCAACAAACAAACUUGCAAUGUAGCUCUCCAAAAUAUCAAAUACUCUAUCCGAGAGAUGGAAGCUUCGAUAUUGCGUUUGGCACCUGAUGCCCCUGGGGGACUUCAGGCAGUUACAUGGCCUGUUGGGUAUUCUCCGCCUUCGAAACAAGACACUCGUUUUAGCGUUCUACACUGGGAGUAUUUCAACGAAACCCAUGUCUAUUUCGAUACCGAACACAGCGCGGUCAAACCACUGGCUGGUCCACAUUUGCAAGACGUUGAGGAUGUUAUAAAGGCAGCUGUUAAGGCUGUUUUGAAAGAAAGUCCAGAAUUAAAAUACCUGCGUGUGAGUAGCGGUUACAAGAGAUUUGAUCCUACGCGAGGAAUGGACUACAUCCUCGAUCUUUACUUUUCAGACCCAGUCAAAGGCAAAAUUACUGUGAGGAUGGAAGGCUGUAGACCAAUCACUCAUGUAGAUACUGUGCCAAUGCCUUACGUGACUGAAUCAUCGAUUGUUCACAUCAUCAUUGUAGUGCGGGAGGAGGAAGAAAUGUCUGCAGCCGAAAAGUUUGUCGCUUCGUUUGGCAAAAAUAUGAUGGCCAAAUCUGAUAAAUCAGAAUUGCAUUUGGUGCUCUUCAACCGGAAUACGGGAAAUUUAAAAGCACUUGCGCAGUCGUUGAAUGCACAGUACAAAAAACUGGGAUCUAAAAUCAGCAUCUUGUCGUACAAAUUUUCUGGUUCUAACCGCUCAGCGUUGGACUUCGCCGCAGUGGACUUGAUGAGCAGCAAAAUGGAACCUGGGGCACUCUUCUUUUUGUGCAGUCCGUACACGGAAAUCUAUCCAGAUGUACUGAACCGAGUACGGAUCAAUACCAUCUCUGGCUGGCAGCUUUUUAGUCCCAUUCCAUUUGCAGAAUACAAUCCUGACGUGUCCUUCCCUGGUUCGGCGAAAAACGAAGCACUUAACAUUUCGACAAACCAGGGUUUUUACGAUCUUCAUGAAACGCAACACAUAAGCUUCUACAUGGCGGACUACUUGAACGCACGAAAAGCCUUCGAAUCAGAGCAACCAUUGGUGAAAUCCGAUCAUGAUCUUCAAGGGGAAUUUUCUUCGCCGUAUGAGACGAUUUUGACAAUGUUUACGAGGAUGCGUCAACUUCAUGUUUUGCGAGCUGUAGAACCUCAUUUGCGAAUACGUUAUCACGAACGAAGAUGCGAGACUAAGCGAUGUCGAGAAAGCUUCCUACUUUCCCAAGGAACUAGAUCUCAACUGGCACAGUUUGCUCUCGAUCGAGAAUCUCCUGCUGUAGUAGGGUAGCUGUUUCCGUGACAUUUUCUCUAUAAUCUGCUGCUUCAGUCCUACUAGCAUUGUUUUGCUAUUUGUGAUAUAUACGAGUGCCAAGGCAUGAAAAAGGCUGUUCUUAUAACAUUUCAAUAAUUGUGUUAUUAUAUUUGUUAUUUGCCUAUGUCGUCUGAACCUUUUCUGACUCCUGUUUUUCGUUUAACUGUGUCGGCUGUUGUUGCUCACCCUCCUGUUCAGCUCUUAGUUUUUCUUCUUCCAUUUGCUUCUUCUUUUUGACCAAAUCCGAUAAAUAUUUCACUCGCAGCAUGCAUUCCUCCUAUGAGAUUAAUUUCAAACUUAUUAUAACGCACCGUUUACGAAUGAUUACUUGUAGUACUGAAGUAGAAAUACCUUUGUUUUGUCUGGCACAGCUUUUGCUAUGCGUUCCCACCUUUCAGAACAUCCUUUUGUGUAACAAGCCAGAGCGGUCUCUAAAGAUUUUUGUUGUUUUUGAGUCCAGCCACUACUGCCGGGAACUUGUUCUUCUGCUCCCUCAAUGCCAUAGUUUGCCUGUGUAGGCUCUGCCAACAAAAUAUUAUUUUUUCCUCCUCUAGUUUUUUCCUUCUUUUUCUCGACCCUCUCCUCCUCCUUUGAGUUUGCGUCAACUUCCUGACCUUCAAGUGGUCUGGGUGCAAGAAAAUGGUGAACAACUAUGAAUAAAGCAUGUCGAUCGAAAAU